AUGGCUGUCAUCCCGUUUCUCGGAACACUGGCUGCUGUCCUAGUUGCCGUUUUCGUCGGCUUGCAGUCGCACUUAAACUCCAGCGAUUUCCGUCCGCUCCCCUUCCACCCUCCUCCGCCUCCCGCUCCUGUCGGACCGUUUGCCGCUAACGACCGGCUACUUGCCGUUAAGAAACUUGCUCUGGGAAAAGUUCGCGGUCCGGAAGAUGUUCUUCCUGACGCUGAGGGAAACUUAUACUCGAGCGACGCGAAUGGAUGGAUCAAGAUUUUGAAGAAAGGCGACGUGGAGCCUCGUGAUUGGGUGCACGUAGGCGGGCAUCCGCUGGGGCUUGCGUGGCGGAACGAUGGGCGGGAAUUGGUGGUUUGCGAGGCCAUGAAGGGUCUCUUCCUAGUGGACGUGGCGACUCGCUCAGUUCGUCUGAUCUCCAAUUCCUCCAAUGGAAUUCCAUUCAGAAUAACCGACAACGCUGACGUGGCAAGCGACGGAACCAUAUACUUCUCAGAUGCUUCCUCGCACUCUCCUAUCUCACAUUUCUUCCUCGACAUUGUGGAACAAAGGCCCUACGGCCGCCUGCUAAGAAUCAACCCAGACGAGCAACAAGCUGAGCUGGCAGAUGAGCCACGUCAUCAAGGAGAUGAUGAUGCCACGUCAGCGACUGCAAUGUCAGCAGGGACUGCCAGCGAGGCGGGGCCUGUCGAGGCUGAGACGCUUCUGGAUGGGCUCUACUUUGCGAAUGGAGUGGCGUUGUCGCAAAAUGAGGACUUUGUUGUGGUGGCUGAAACUAGCAGGUAUCGCCUGACCCGCUAUUGGCUCAAAGGACCGAAAGCGGGCACGUCGGAAAUCUUUCUGGACAACCUGCCCGGGUUGCCUGACAAUGUCAACAGCAACAGGAAGGGCCUCUUCUGGGUGUGCCUUGUGAUUCCGCGGCAACCUGUCAUGGACCUGAUCCAUCCCUUCCCUCUCCUGAAGGCUCUCAUUGGCCUGUUGCCUCUCAAGUACCUCCAGCCGCCCUUUCUCGCUCCCAUGAUGCGCCAUGCUGGCGCUGUGCUGGCGGUGAAUGAAGACGGGCAGGUUGUGAAAGUUCUUAGCGACCCGACAGCGAAACAUGUUGGGGGGUUCACAAGUGCCCGCGAGGUUGAUGGUGGAAAGGAGCUGGUGUUUGGCAGCCUGCUGAACAAUUUUAUUGGUCGAGUUGCUGUAAAAUGA